AUGGAAAUCAGGUCCAGCAAAAAAUCUUAUGAAGAUGAUAAAGAAGAGAAAGAAUCUGGUGUUCUGAAAAGACUCAUCAAAGAAUUGUCUGACAAUAUUCCUGAAACCUUUAAAGAGAAAGAUAAUGAAAAUUCCAGUGAUAAAUCUCAACCUCAUAAUUUUUUAUAUCUCUUUACUUUAAAAAAUCAAUGUAAGGAACUUAAACAAACUCAUAAUAGUGGUGCGUCUAGUGCAAUUCUCAAUAGUGAGCUUCGUGAUCAGAUUCCUAAAAAAUUACAAAGGAGACUUUUCGUAAAAGAACUGAAAAAGCCCGGAAAAUUUAUGUUUUUUGAUGCAGUUGAGGGCGAUAAACUGUCACCUGUGGAUGACGCUAAAGAACACUUCGACAAGCCUGCAAAAAAGCAUAUUCACGUUAUUGUCGAACUGCCUGCUUCAUUCGGUGAGUUUGUAAGAGAUUCUCAUGAAGAAAAUAAAGAGUUGGAAAGCACCAAGUCGAGAUGUUGCAGUUCAAGUGUUAAGUGGACUCUAAGAGACAGUUCCAAAGCCAAUUUGGAGAAUACAUCAACUAUCAUUCCGGCUGCCAAACGUGUCAAGUUGGAUACUUUGUUACCUAAUAAAAUCAUAGGUGAAGAAGAUGAUAUUGCUCGGAUGGAAGAUGUAUAUGAUGUUAUGUCAAAGGAGGAAAUCUGGCGUCAUAAAAUUAGAAUUGCUUCAGAAAUUGUCAGAAAUAUUCCUUCCUUUUCGUCAAUGUAUGCAUAA